GCUGUUCCGUCCACUCUUCGCACGCGCGCCCUCGCGCUCGCUUUUUCUUUCACCCCCCCCCCCCGCAUCUUAGUGAGGCGAAUCCAAGAGGAGGACGACGGCGACGACGACUCGCAGCGACAUGGAAGACAGCGACAUGGACAACAUGGGCUCCCUGCGGCCACAGACUUUCCUCUUCGGUUGUGAACUAAAGGGAGACAAGCCAUAUCAUUUCAAGGUGAAUGAUGAAGAAAAUGAACACCAGCUUUCACUAAGAACGGUUAGUUUAGGGGCUGGUGCUAAAGAUGAGUUGCAUGUUGUUGAAGCAGAAGCAUUGGACUAUGAAGGCAACCAGGUUACAGUCACGCUGGCAUCCUUGAAGAUGUCGGUUCAACCUACGGUUUCAUUAGGUGGCUUUGAAAUUACUCCACCAGUAAUUCUGAGAUUGAAAAGUGGGUCAGGGCCUGUUUAUGUCAGCGGUCAACAUCUCGUAGCUUUAGAGGAAGAACCAGAAUCUGAGGAUGAAGAGGAUGAUAAGGUACAACACAAUAUGGCAAAAAGGCCUGCAGGUGUGACAUUGGCUAAAGUUCCACAGAAAAAGGCAAAGCUGGUAGAUGAUGAUGAAGAUGAUGAAGAUGAUGAUGAUGAAGAUGAAGAUGAUGAAGAUGAUGACGAUGAUAUGGAUGAAGAUGAGGAGGAAGAGAAGACUCCACCAAAAAAGCCUGCCCGAGAUUCUUCUGCAAAGAAGACACCAAAAUCAAACCAGAAUGGGAAAGAUUCUAAGCUGGCCACACCCAAGUUGAAAACUCCAGAGUCUCAUAAAGAAAAAAAACCACAGACUCCAAAAACACCAAAAUCUUUCACUAUAGACGAAAUGAAAGCAAAAAUGCAAGCAUUCGUACAAAAGGGGUCUUCUCUUCCUAAGGCAGAAUCCAAGUUUGCGAAUUACAUUAAGAAUUGUUACAGGACGGAGGAUCCAAAGGUUAUUCAAGCACUCUGGCAGUGGAGACAGACUCUGUAAGCAAGAAGUUAAAUGGCUCCUUUUUAAGUUACAGUCCUGUGUGUUUAACCAUUAAUAUCUGGCUGUCUUUUUUAUAAAUGCUAAAGCUUUCCCUACAGAGUCUGAUUAAUGUCGUCCAGAAUGUUUUGCCAAGAAUGUGUUGUCCAAAAUGCCUGUUCAGUUUUUAAGACCAGGACUCCACCCUUUUCAUUUCAAAUAUGUAUGGAAUGUUUUGAUAAUGCAUAGUAGUGGUGGUCAAAAAUGGAAAUGGGGAGACUAAAUGUAAAUGUGAAAAUAAAAUUUAGUAUUUUAAGUA